UUUCUUUUCAAAUAUCUUAUACUUAAAGAUUCUCUAAAAACCUAGAACCAAACCCCUUCUCUCUUUCAAAUUUUCUUAUUAGAUUCCUUCAAUUUACUGUCUCUUUCGCAGCCCUUCUUCUUCCCCAACCUUUUCUCAGCCCUCCCAUGGCGGCCACAGCCUCAAAUCUCUCCCCUCUCUCAAAACCACCGCUAUCAAACUCUCAGAAACCCCACAAAACCCUCCUCCCAAAAACCCUCCCAAAACCCUCAAUUUUCUCUUCAAAUAUCUCCCGCACCCACAAAUCCCACCUCGUUUUCGCCUCUAAAAACCCCAUCUCCGACGUUAUCUCGGCCAAUAAAAAGUACCCAGAUGAUGUUUUUGUAGAAUACGAAGCUGAUGAUGACGAUAAACCCCGUGAAGAGUGUGGUGUGGUGGGUAUUUACGGCGACUCGGAAGCCGCCCGGCUCUGUUAUUUGGCUCUCCAUGCUUUACAGCACCGCGGCCAAGAAGGCGCUGGUAUUGUUGCUGUUAAUAAUAAUAAUGUUUUGCAAUCUGUUACUGGUGUUGGGUUAGUUUCUGAGGUUUUUAAUGAGUCUAAACUUGAUCAGUUACCUGGAGAUUUAGCUAUUGGUCAUGUUAGAUACUCUACUGCUGGGUCUUCUAUGCUUAAAAAUGUUCAGCCUUUUGUUGCUGGGUAUAGGUUUGGGUCUGUUGGUGUUGCUCAUAAUGGGAAUUUAGUUAAUUAUCAGAAGUUGAGAGCUAUGCUUGAGGAUAACGGUUCGAUUUUUAAUACUAGUUCGGAUACUGAGGUUGUUUUGCAUUUGAUUGCUACUUCGAAAGCUAGACCUUUUCUUCUUAGGAUUGUUGAUGCUUGUGAGAAGUUAGUCGGCGCUUAUUCGAUGGUGUUUGUUACCGAGGAUAAAUUGGUUGCGGUGAGAGACCCUUAUGGGUUUCGGCCUUUGGUUAUGGGUAGGAGGAGUAAUGGUGCUGUUGUGUUUGCUUCCGAGACUUGCGCUCUUGAUUUGAUUGAGGCGACGUAUGAGAGAGAGGUUAGUCCUGGUGAGGUUUUGAUUGUGGACAAAGACGGGGUUCAAUCGCUUUGUUUAAUGCCCCAUCCGGAACCGAAGCAAUGCAUAUUCGAGCAUAUUUACUUUUCUUUGCCUAAUUCAAUUGUGUUUGGUCGGUCUGUUUAUGAAUCAAGGCAUCUUUUCGGGGAAAUACUUGCUACUGAGGCUCCUGUUGAUUGUGAUGUUGUGAUUGCUGUCCCGGAUUCGGGGGUGGUGGCUGCACUUGGUUAUGCAGCCAAGGCAGGUGUGCCGUUUCAGCAGGGAUUGAUCAGGUCACACUAUGUAGGUCGGACUUUUAUCGAGCCAUCUCAGAAAAUUAGAGAUUUCGGUGUUAAGCUUAAGUUAUCCCCGGUGAGAGGGGUGUUGGAAGGGAAAAGAGUUGUCGUUGUUGAUGACUCAAUCGUGAGAGGAACUACAUCGUCAAAAAUUGUUAGGAUGCUCAAGGAGGCCGGAGCUAAGGAAGUUCAUAUGAGGAUUGCCAGUCCUCCAAUUAUCGCAUCUUGUUACUACGGAGUUGACACACCAAGUUCUGAGGAAUUGAUAUCUAAUAGAAUGAAUGUGGAGGAAAUUAGGGAGUUUAUUGGUUGUGAUUCGCUCGCCUUUCUUCCAUUGAAUAGCUUGAAGCAUUUGUUAGGGAAUGAGUCCCCAAAUUUUUGCUAUGCUUGCUUCUCUGGGAAAUACCCCGUUGAGCCGACGGAACUUAAAGUGAAAAAGGUCGGUGACUUUAUGGAUGAUGGGUUGUACGGAAGUAUUGAGUCUCUUGAUGGGGGUUGGGUUCAAGGACCCGGAAGUCAGAAUCUGGAGAAAGUUAGUGGAGCGCAGAAGCUGUCAUCGUUUUCCUGAUGUGUACUUUAUGUUUUCUCCUAUUCGCCGAAUUGAAAGGUUUUAUACGCAGAAGUAACGAGGGUAUGCAGACGUUUUCAAUGAAUAUUAAUAUAACUUUUAUUAUGUUCCUUGGAUUUAUUGAGGCUCCGAAACCAGAACAGUAGGUGUUUACAUUUUGCUAGAUUUAAACCAUAAGUGAUAUGGCUUGCCAAUUUUUAAGGAUUCAUAAAUUUUGCUAUAAGCAUAUUAUUUUUUAUUUA